AUGACUCUCACCGUCAGCGUCAUCCCUGCAUCUUCCAAUGCCGGCCAGGCGACAAUCCGUCAUCUUCUCAAAGACGAAAUUGCCGUCCGUGGGUUCUACCGCAACACCAGCAAGGCACCUCACGAAUUCCACGAGUCGCCUUUGUUCACUGCCACUCAGGGCGAUGUGCAAGAUGCUGCUUCGUUGAAGUUUGAGGGCUCGGAUGUUGUAUUCUACGUCCCGCCUCCCAUCUACGAUGGCACCGAUCUCGGCGAGUUCGCAACCAAUGCAGCGAACAACAUCAAGGGUGCCCUGCAGAAGGCAAAUGUGAGGAGGCUCGUGCUCUUGUCAGCGCCAGGAGCGCAGCACUCGUCAGGAAUUGGAAUCCUCAAGAUCAACCACAUUUCGGAUGAGAUACUCAAACAGAGCGUGCCAGAAGUCUUUAUCAUGCGACCAUUCUACUUCUACGAGGACUGGGCAAGCCAGAUUCCCACCUUGAAGGAGGAUCCCUCAACUAUCACGUCAGUCUACUCGCCUCUGGACUUCAAAGUCCCCAUGGUCAGCAUCAAAGACGUCGGUCUGUACGCUGCGCGCUCUGUCACGGGUCCGCCACCAGCCACCAGUCCCCAUAUCUUCAAGCUCUACGGCCCCAAGGCAUACUCAGCACUCGAUGUGCGGGACGCGAUUGCUCGUGCUAUCAAUCGUGAUGUGGGCAUCAAGGAGAUUACACCUGAUAAGCUGCGCGAACACACGGCUGCGUUGGUGCCAGAGUCGAUCGUGGAUGAUAUCGUUGGUAUCACGACGGCGACUUUGCCAGGUGGAACGCUGCAGGACGAGUUUGAGCCUAGGCAGGGGGUCGAUGAGAUUGGCGAGAUCACUCUGGAGGAUGCAUUUCUGGAGGUCUUUGGGGAACUGAAAGGGUAG